AUGGAGGAGGAGCUCGAGCGGUGGAUGCUGCAUGAUUGCAGCGCCUACCUUGACGCGCGCAGCCCGAACGAGAUGAAGCACUUGUUAGAGAGAUUCCGAGCGACGCUCGGCAAGAACGUCACGGUGACGCCCACCGUGACCAUCCGGUCUCUCGACCGAGUGUGGACGGCGUUUGUCAAGCGCUGGAACCUGAAGGGCUGCGAGGCUUACGAGUCGAUGCUGCAGAGGCGUGAAGCUGAUCAUGCUCGGUUGUCCGUCGGUGAUCUGGCUGCGCAGGUCUGUAGUCUGUCUCGGGAAGCAGGUCGCCGAUGCUGCGUCGCGCGCCUGGACGACGGGUGUCCGCGCUGUCGCGAGCGGGGUUUCUCGCGACCGGACCAUGAAAAGUGGCGUCGCGUUCUGGAGGCGGUGCCUGUUACUGGAGUGGAGAGGAAAGUGAUCGGGCGUUACCAGCAAACGCUGAAUGAGGCUAGGCGCGACGGGCGGCUGCGCCCUCUGCGCGAUCCGUCGCUGGUACGAGUGUGGAUGCUCCGUCCCCAGAGGGGCAGGGACAUGGGGAUAUCGUCCGUAGUUGACAGAGAAUGGGGUGAAUCCCGUCGAGGCAUGGAUAGCGUUGCUCAUGGUAAAUUUGACCAUCGGUAG